AAAAAAGGCAUUCUUUUAGGUUCUUCCAGAAUUGUCGGUUCCCUUCCGCCACCUUUCUAACUACUCUGCAACUGUUGUCUCUCUACAUUUCUAGAGAGAGAAACAACACAGCACAACACAACACACCUUUUCUCCCGUUGUAUAAAUUUUUCAAUCCAAAUUUCAAACAGACAGCCGCUGUAAGGAAAUAUAUAAUGCUGACGUCAGGCGCCAGCGGGAGGAUCAACGCGUUGUUUUCUCUGCGCGUUCUGAGGAGUUUGUGGCUGCUGCUAAGCUCAUUCCUCCUGAUUUUCCUGCUGCCGUUCCGUGGGAGGCGGCGGUGCGCGGCGGCGUCGCCGCCGGGGAAGGUGGUGAGGGUUCCGGCGGCGAUGGUGCCGAGGAAGAGCGCGGUGGAUAAGGAGGUGGCGGCGCGGCGGGCGUUGGCGAUUAAGAGGGUUACGGAGGAUAACGGCGGCGAGUUUGGUGGUGAUUAUUACAAGGAAACAAAUAGGGAGUUCUCUUUGUUCGUUAAUUCAAGAAACGACACCGUUUUUACCCAAUCCUGGACCUCUGUUCAUAUUCAAGUCAGGGGAGUGGUUAUUCUCUUGCAUGGCCUGAACGAGCACAGUGGUAGAUAUAAUGAUUUUGCCAAGAAGCUUAAUGCAAAUGGCUUCAAGGUUUACGGUAUGGAUUGGAUCGGACACGGUGGAAGUGAUGGACUGCACGCCUACGUUCAUUCUCUCGAUUAUGCUGUUAAUGACAUGAAAUUGUUUCUUGGGAAGGUUUUAUCCGAAAAUCCAGGAGUUCCUUGCUUCUGCUUUGGACACUCAACUGGUGGAGCUAUAGUCCUCAAGGCAGUUCUCGAUCCGAAAGUGAGACAAUGUAUAGCUGGCAUUGUUCUGACUUCGCCUGCCGUUGGAGUUAAGCCUUCCCAUCCGAUUUUCGCAGUGCUCGCCCCGAUUUUCUCGUUCUUGUUGCCAAGGUUCCAAUUCAGUGCGGCGAACAAGGAGGGUAUAACGGUCUCCCGAGAUCCGGAGGCACUAGUGGCAAAGUACUCGGACCCACUGGUGUUCACCGGAUCCAUAAGGAUACGAACCGGGUACGAAAUCCUCCGCAUCACCGCCCACUUGCAGCAGAACUUGACCCGUCUAACCGCCCCGUUUCUCGUGCUCCACGGUACGGACGAUUCGGUAACCGACCCGGAAGCCUCGAUGAAGCUCCACGAAGAGGCCUCGUCGGCCGACAAGACAAUCAAGCUCUAUCGAGGGUUGUUGCAUGACUUGCUUUUCGAACCCGAAAAGGAAGAAGUCGUGGACGAUAUUAUUGCGUGGUUGAGUGAUAGAUUGCCGGUUUAGUAGAAGGGUGGGGCCCGGCCAAAUAUGUAUUCGAAAUUUCUCUUUAGGGACCCGCAUUAUUUAUGGGAGCCAAGAUUUUGUUUGAGAGGACGGGGGCCAUGACCCC